AUGGAUUCUGUUGCUAUUGGUGAUGUUUGGCUUUUUCAGCCGGUUGGCGUUUUUUUCGAAAGAGGAUGUGGUAUUGACCUGGCGAUCAAUAUCCUGCUAACGCUACUCGGAUAUAUUCCUGGCUUGAUACAUGCUUGUUUUAUUAUCGUCAAAUACUGA